UCUCCCUCCCUCUCCGUCCAAGUCUUGUGGAGAAUAUCCAUUCCUUCGGCGUUCUUUAGCAGCAAUCACACUUUGAAUCUGUCCUUGCCGCGGCUGAAAAAGAAGAAAAGUUAGAUGCCAUCGCAACAGCGUAAAGAAAUUAAAGCACCAAGUGGAAAGGAAAGGAAAGGAAAGGAAAGGAUCAUUUGGAAAUCCUAUUUAAACCCAAGAAAAUCGAUGCCGCCAAUUCGCAAAUCGAUCUCGCGCAAUGGGGAAUUGCUUCACCAAGACGUACGAAAUCCCCAUCACCGCCGGCCCCGUGAAGGCGCCCCCGUCGGCCGCCAAAAAGCCGUCCUCGAAGCGAACGCCGUCGUCCGCGACGGCGGCGCCGAUAGGGCCGGUGCUGGAGAAGCCGAUGGUGGACGUGACGACCCUGUACGCCAUGGACAGGGAGCUGGGCCGCGGCCAGUUCGGGAUCACCUACCUGUGCACCGAGCGGUCGACCGGGCUCAAGUACGCGUGCAAGUCGGUGUCGAAGCGCAAGCUGGUGACCCGGCAAGACAUCGAGGACAUGCGGCGCGAGGUGAUGAUCCUGCAGCACCUCUCCGGGCAGCCCAACAUCGUGGAAUUCAAGGGCGCCUACGAGGACAAGGGCAGCGUGCACCUCGUGAUGGAGCUCUGCUCCGGCGGCGAGCUCUUCGACCGGAUCACCGCCAAGGGGAGCUACUCGGAGCGCGAGGCCGCCGCAGUGUUCAGGGACAUUGUUAACGUGGUGAACGCGUGCCACUUCAUGGGCGUCAUGCACCGGGACCUCAAGCCGGAGAACUUCCUGCUGGUGAGCAAGAAGGAGGACUCGCCGCUCAAGGCCACCGACUUCGGCCUCUCCGUCUUCAUCGAGGAGAAGAGAGUGUACAAGGACAUCGUCGGCAGCGCCUACUACGUCGCGCCGGAGGUGCUGGAAAAGAACUACGGGAAGGAGAUCGACGUGUGGAGCGCCGGAGUCAUACUGUACAUCCUCUUAUCCGGAGUUCCUCCAUUUUGGGCAGAAACGGAAAAAGGUAUUUUCGAUGCGAUUUUAGAAGGAUACAUCGACUUCACAAGUCAGCCAUGGCCUAACAUAUCCGAAGGUGCCAAGCAACUCAUCAGAAGGAUGUUGACGAGGGACCCCAAGAAGCGAAUCACCGCAGCCCAAGCUCUCGAGCAUUCGUGGCUAAAAGAAGGUGGAGAAGCAUCUGAUAAACCCAUCGACAGUGCGGUUCUACUCAGAAUGAAGCAGUUCAGAGCAAUGAACAAACUCAAGAAACUGGCCUUGAAGGUUAUCGCGGAGAAUCUCGAGGAAGAGGAUAUCGUAGGAUUGAAACAGAUGUUUAACAACAUCGAUACUGAUCGGAGUGGCACAAUCACGAUGGAAGAACUCAAGGUCGGACUGAAAAAGCUCGGAUCGAAAUUGUCUGAAGCUGAAAUCAAGCAACUUAUGGAUUCAGCCGAUGUGGAUAAGAGUGGGACGAUCGACUAUCAUGAGUUCGUCGCUGCUACUCUUCAUCGACAUAAGCUAGAUAACGAAGUGAACUUGUUGAAGGCCUUUGAACACUUCGACAUAGAUGGCAAUGGGUACAUCACGAGACAAGAACUGAAACAGGCCAUGGCAGUGUAUGGAUUGGGUGAUGAAGCCACUAUCAAUGAAGUACUUGAUGAAGUCGAUACUGAUAGAGAUGGUAGAAUCAAUUAUGAAGAAUUUAAAGCAAUGAUGACAAAAGGGCAUACAUGAUUCUGAUUUCUGCAGAGAAAUUAAGUUAGAGAUAUCCAACAUGCAUAUAGAGGGUCCAUCACAAUAAAUGAAGCAUCUUGACGUGUGUAUCUGUUAAGCUAAAUAAUGAUGAUCUUUUCAGUUUCAAGUAUAAUUGUAUAAAUUUCAGCUCGCCAUUUGCACUGAAAAGAAAAGAAUACUCGAGCUUUUAAUGUUAUGCCAGUGAAAUGUUCACAA